AUAGUUUAACCUCUCAUAACCAAUUAAACGCUUAGCCAAUUAAUUUAAAUACCAACUACCAAAAUUACACAAAUUGAAUUUCGUUUAUAAGAGGAAACAGUAAACAGGUCAGUUAUCGGGUUAAGAUCCCGCCACCUUAACCACCCGACCCGCGUAGUCACCUGUCACCCAUCUCCUCUUCCCUCUAUAAAAACACUAAAGCCUCUGGUCUAGCUUCCAUUCCCCCGAAGCUUCUUCUUUACACUUAUGGCUGGCAGCGUCGACUUCGCCAGCUCUUCCUUUGACGAAUCGAAAUCGGCCUCCCGCCCUUCUCUUCUCCCUUCCCCUUCGCCUCGCUCUCACCUCCGCACCGCCCCCGUGGUCUCCUCCAACAUCUGCUGCCCCCGCCGCCGCCGUCCUCCAGUCCCCCCUCGACCCAACCUCUCCGCCUCCGCAAACGCCGACGCGGCCGCCGACGAUCUCUCCCGGGCCCGGGAAACCCCUGCUUACCUCUGGCGCAAAGACGAGAAAUGGCACCCGGUGACCUACGACGGCUUCUCCGCAGCCACCGCCGCAGCAGCCGCAGCCUCAGCCUCAGCCUCCGCCUCUCCCCACCCCCGCCGCCAACGCCGCCGCACUCCUAAGAAAAAACCACCUCGAAACCCUAAGCCCCCUUCCCGCAUGUUCUCCAGCGACGAGGACGACGAUGAUGAUGACGAAGACGAAGAAGACGAGUUGCUGGUGCCCUCCACCGCCGAUAACUCGUUCGAGAUGACGGAGCUAAGAUUAAGGCGGGCGGCGAUGAUGGAGGCGGCGAAGUCUACGGAUAGUCGAACGAGUUCGCCGUUGAGGAGGCUAUCGCCAUGUUUAGGAGGGGAAGGGGAGAGCUUGGCGGUGGUGAAGCAAUCGGAGGAUCCGAGAUCGGAUUUUAGAAGGUCGAUGGCGGAGAUGGUGGUGGAGAAAGGGAUCUAUGAAGCUAGAGAUUUGGAACAACUUCUUCACUGUUUUCUCUCCUUGAAUUCGCAGCAUCAUCAUCAAGCUAUUGUGGAUGCUUUUACUGAUGUUUGGGUGGCGCUUUUUCCGGCGACUCCGUUUAAUAGCAGUCCCGGACAGGGGAACCUUCCACCGACUAGUAACGAAGGGGAGUGAAAGGUGGAAGAAGGUGUGUGAAGGAUCAGCUUGAUUUUUAUUUGGAUAUGAUUUUAAGUAAU